AUGUCUGACGAGAAAACAUACAUUUCAUACAAUAACGUCCACCAAUUAUGUCAAGAAUCUGCUGAGAAGAUUAAGCAAUUCAAACCUGACUUGAUCAUCGCAAUCGGUGGUGGUGGAUUCAUCCCAGCAAGAAUGUUGCGUUCAUUUUUGAAAGAGCCAGGUCAGCCAAAUGUGCGAAUCAUGGCCAUCAUCUUGUCGCUUUAUGAAGAGAUUAUCAACUCUGACGGUGUUGAAGAAAAACCAGGUACCAAAGUGGUUAGAACUCAAUGGAUUGACUAUAACCAGUCCAAGGUUGAUUUGGUGGGGAAAAACGUAUUGAUUAUCGAUGAAGUCGAUGACACCAGAACCACUUUGCAUUACGCUGUUUCGGAAUUGAAAAAAGAUGUUGAAGAACAAGCCAAGGCUAAGAAUGCAGACCCAAAGAGCACCAAAUUUGGUAUCUUUGUUUUGCAUGACAAGGACAAGAAAAAGAAAGCCGAGUUGCCUGAUGAAAUUAUGAAGACUGGAAACUAUUUUGCCGCAAGACAAGUUCCUGACUGUUGGAUUGCAUACCCAUGGGAGGCCACUGACAUUGUUUUCCACCAAAAGAUGGCCGAGAAACAAGGCAAUGAUGUCUUUUUACCAUCAAAUACCCCAGAACAAUAG